AUGAAAGAUUCUGACUUCUUUUUUGACGAACACCUGGGACAAGCCCGAAGGCAGGAGGCCACCAUUUCUGCUGAGAACCUCACCUCGAUCACUGAAUUCAUUUUUGUGGGACUCUCUAACCACCGAAAGACUCAGACGAUGCUCUUUGUAGUGAUCCUUCUCACCUACACCCUUACACUCAUGGGGAAUCUGGUGGUCAUCAUGCUGGUACGGUUUGACUCCCGCCUCCAAGCGCCCAUGUACUACUUCCUUAUGCACCUCUCAGGCCUAGAGAUCUGUUACGUCACCAGCACGGAACCACAGAUGCUGGCUCACCUCCUGGCUGGAAACGGCAUCAUCUCCUUCACUCGUUGUGUGGCUCAGAUAUUUGUUUCCUUGUCUUUGGGUGUUGCUGAAUGCUUUCUGCUGGGUGUCAUGGCCUAUGACCGUUACCUGGCCAUCUGCCAACCUCUGCUCUAUCCUGUUGUCAUGGACAGGUGGCGUCAAAUGCACCUGGCAUCUAGUUGCUGGGCAACAGGCUUCGUUAUUGGUGCCAUAUAUGUGGGGUGCACCUUUCGCCACUCCUACUGUGGCCCCAAUCGUAUCAACCAUUUCGUGUGCGAGUUGCCGGUGGUGUUGAAACUCGCCUGUGACGACAUUCACAUCACUCAGGUCAUUGUUUCUGUAAUAGCGGGGUUGGUCCUCCUGGUUCCUAUUUCUGUUAUCUUGACCUCCUAUGCUGUCAUUCUAUUCUCUGUGUUACAAAUACGGUCAGCCACGGGAUGGCGCAAAGCGUUCUCCACGUGCACUUCCCACCUUGUGGUAGUUACUGUGUACUAUGGAACAGUUAUUUCAAUGUACCUGAUUCCUCGAUCAACCACAUUCUCUGAUCGUGAUAAACAAAUUGCUGUGUUUUAUGUGGUGGUCACCCCUUUCCUCAACCCUGUCAUUUACACCCUGAGGAACAAGGAUGUUCAUGAGGCAGUGGCUAGAGUACUACGACGAAGUAGAUUUCAAUGA